GUUUACGAGAAAUAAGGCAAACACGCCCUAAUAUUGCGAAGAGCUUCUCUGUCUCUAUCUUCGGAGACGAGGCUGCGCUUCUCUUCCCCUUCGAACCAUCUCUCCCAACUUCGACAAUGCCAUGUAGCGACAACCUCAGUUCUACUCCCGGCUAGCCUUCGCUCGUAAAUCCCCAAAUGGGUCUUCUCUAUAGAGCUUCGAAGACCCUUCAAUCAUCCAAGAAUGUGCCCUUCACGCUUAGCCCAUUUUCUGCCAUAUUUGGAGCCAACCCAGUGAAGAGCAGAUUGAAUAGGCCUUGCUUCGGGCUGAGUCGUGCUUUGUGUUCUCAUUCUCGCCAAAUUGCCAGAGAAAGUGUAGAUUUGAGCGAGUACCCUCCAGAUAGAAUUCGAAACUUCUCAAUCAUUGCACAUGUUGAUCAUGGAAAGAGUACGCUCGCUGACCGCCUUCUUGAGCUCACUGGGACUAUCAAGAAAGGCCAUGGUCAGCCUCAGUACCUUGAUAAAUUGCAGGUAGAAAGAGAAAGGGGAAUAACUGUUAAAGCUCAGACAGCGACAAUGUUCCACAGGCACAAAUUUCAUGGCCCUGACAAAAGUGAUGCUCAAGAAUCGCAGAGUUUUUUACUGAAUCUGAUCGACACACCUGGUCAUGUCGAUUUCAGCUAUGAAGUAUCUAGAUCCCUUGCAGCUUGCCAGGGUGCCCUGUUGGUUGUUGAUGCUGCCCAAGGUGUUCAGGCACAAACUGUUGCCAACUUUUAUCUUGCUUUUGAAUCUAACCUGACUAUAAUCCCUGUAAUAAACAAAAUUGACCAACCAACUGCCGAUCCAGAUCGGGUUAAAGCUCAGCUAAAGUCCAUGUUUGAUCUCAACCCUGGGGAUGCUCUUUUAACAUCUGCUAAAACUGGUCAGGGUCUUGAGCAGGUACUUCCUGCGGUAAUAGAGCGGAUUCCCCCUCCUCCCGGAAAUAGUAGUUCACCUUUGCGUAUGCUUUUGUUGGAUUCAUAUUAUGAUGAGUACAAAGGAGUAAUCUGCCAUGUAGCUGUUGUUGAUGGAGCUCUGAGCAAGGGGGAUAAAAUUUCAUCUGCGGCAACUGGCCAAACUUAUGAAGUAUUGGAUGUUGGUUUCAUGCAUCCUGAACUCACACCUACUGGAGUUCUUUUUACUGGGCAGGUGGGAUAUGUUGUGAGUGGCAUGCGUUCAACCAAAGAAGCACGUGUUGGAGAUACUCUAUAUCAUAGCAAAAGCAGUGUAGAGCCCCUUCCAGGUUUCAAGCCUGCAAAACACAUGGUAUUUUCUGGUCUAUAUCCAGCUGACGGGUCCGACUUUGAGGCACUAAACCAUGCAAUAGAGAGAUUGACAUGCAAUGAUGCCAGUGUUUCUGUUACAAAAGAGAGUAGCACAGCACUUGGUCUGGGCUUCAGAUGCGGUUUCUUAGGCUUACUUCACAUGGAUGUUUUUCAUCAGCGGCUUGAACAGGAGUAUGGAGCUCGUGUAAUUUCUACCACUCCAACUGUACCAUAUAUUUUUGAAUAUUCUGAUGGAAGCAAAGCACAAGUCCAGAAUCCUGCUGCAUUGGCCUCAAAUCCAGGUAAAAGAGUGACGGCUUGUUGGGAGCCUACAGUCAUAGCUACAAUUAUUAUUCCUAGUGAGUAUGUGGGGUCUGUUAUUACCCUUUGCUCUGAGCGGAGAGGGCAGCAGUUAGAGUACUCAUUUAUUGACAGCCAACGAGCUUUUAUGAAGUAUCGCUUACCUUUGAGGGAAAUUGUUGUCGACUUCUACAAUGAAUUGAAGAGUAUUACAUCAGGAUAUGCCACGUUUGAUUAUGAGGAUGCAGAAUAUCAAGCCUCGGACUUGGUGAAACUCGAUAUCCUUUUGAAUGGACAAUCUGUUGAUGCGAUGGCAACCAUUGUUCAUAAUUUGAAGGCACAACGUGUUGGUCGUGAACUGGUUGAGAAGCUUAAGAAAUUCAUAGACAGGCAAAUGUUUGAGAUUACAAUUCAAGCAGCUAUUGGGUCGAAGGUUAUUGCAAGGGAGACACUUUGCGGCUCAUAUUCUCGAAAGAAAAAAAAGAAAAAAAAGAAAAGAAGGGUGACACAUCCAGAUUUAACAGCCAGCUCUGGGCUUUAUGGGGCAGACAGCCUGCAGGAAUUCAUAAGUUGUUGCGGAAACAACUCUUCCAUAUCAUUCUGUGACAACUGACAAAUGAUCUCGAAUGAAUAUUCAUAAGCUUUGGUGGGUUCACACGGGCGUUUUCUUCAUAUUUGCUCCUUUUCUAAGAAUUUCUUUGCUUGUUUUCAGCGUUUCGGCCAUGAGAAAGAAUGUUCUUGCAAAGUGCUAUGGUGGGGAUGUUACUCGAAAGAGGAAGCUCUUGGAGAAGCAGAAGGAAGGAAAGAAGCGAAUGAAACGCGUUGGUUCAGUUGAUAUACCUCAGGAGGCUUUUCAUGAGCUGUUGAAGGUUUCAUGAAGAAUUUUGUGCCAAAGAGGCCAGUAAUCCCCCACCCCACUUCAUUUCUUCUCUUUAUAAAAUGCAAUUUUCACUUUGUAAAAUUUAUAUUAUUUAGCGGCAUGGUACUCCUAAAUUUUGUGACAAUUGAUAGUAAAAAAAAGGAAAGAAAGAAUAAGAAAUGGGAUUGAAUUGUUCUUUUCA